CUUUUUAGUUAGUGGUGAAAGCAUCCUUGCAACUUCUAGGUCAUAGCGGCUCAGCUAUCCAUAUCUUGCAGCUAUCGCUCGUGUCGUUGUUGCGAAAUGCGAAGCACGAGAUUUCAGCGCAUUUCAACUUGUGACCGGCAAGUUCAGAGCCAACUAACGGUUUAGAAAGAAAGUACCGAAGAAAGAGCACGCUCAGGGCAUUUUAUCCGUACGGAGUACAUAGAAAGCAAGAGGCAGCAGUUUUCAUCGGGGGUUUACCUGUACUGACCUGUACCAGGAUGUUAUGUUUUCGCCUCAAAAACACGUGGAUUUUUUAUUUGGUGGCCUUUGGAGAGAUUUCAGAGAAACUUCAUUCAACUCACCAUAUUUGCGUUGAGUGUGCAGUUGUUAUAAAGGGUCCAACACUCCAAUGCUUCAAGGAAGGGACUCCAGGACAAGUGGGUUGGACUACGCAGAAAUAGGUGAUGACAUCUACGAAAAGAACAACAAUGUUGAGGAUUUAAGCGUUCAAGUUUGGUUGCCAUGCUGGUCUCUGCAAGAGCGACGGGAUUCAUAGGUAAAGUUCUGGUGGAGAAGAUUUUGCGAUGUUGUCCUGGCGUGGAGCGUCUCUACCUGCUGAUGAGACCGUCAAAGGGUCAAAGCGUCGAUUACCGCCUUCGAGAAUUCAUCCAAAAUGAGAUAUUCAGUAAGGUCAAAGAACAGCAGCCGAAAGGGAUGGAGAAAGUCACGGCCGUGACAGGUGACAUCACAAUGCCUCAACUGGGGUUGUCGUCAUCCGAUUUUCAGCUGUUGAUUGAAAAUGUUUCUGUCGUCUUCCAUUCUGCUGCCACAAUCAGAUUCAACGAGGAACUUAAAACGGCUCUCGUUAUGAACGUGAAAGGGCCGAUGGAAUUACUUGAAAUUUGUCGCAAAAUGAAACAUCUUGUGGCAUUUGUACACGUGUCAACUGCCUUCAACAAUCUGGACCGGGAGAAAAUUAAGGAAGAGGUUUACUACAAUCCGAACGUGAAUCCAGUGAAAUUAAUUGAAUACCUCGAUGGUCUCGGCGACGAAACACUUAAAAAUAUGACGCCAGAACUAGUGGGUGAGUGUCCAAACACGUAUGUUUAUACCAAAGGCUUGGCCGAGCAACUGCUGGAAACUAAACGUGGAAGCGUUCCGUUGGCAAUUGUCCGGCCAUCCAUCGUGACUGCGGCUGAAAGUGAACCUUUCCCUGGUUGGGUCGACAACAUGAACGGUGCAACAGGUGUAAUCGCUGGUAUCGGAAAUGGAUUUAUUCGCGUUCUGAAAGUAAAAAAUAAUCUGGUGGGCGAUUGUAUUCCAGUUGAUUAUCCAAUCAAUUUGUUGAUUGCUGUGGCUUGGUUCAUAGCAACUCGAAGGCCGUCGGGCGUUCCCGUGUAUAGUUGCACCACUGUUCAUCGAAACCCACUGACGUGGGGUACGCUAAAACAUUGGGUCUUGCAAUCUUGGUUGAAAUUCCCUACAAAAGAUAUGCUGUGGUAUCCUAGCGUUCAUUACAUAACUAACAAUCUUUCGCUCAAAAUCAACCAGACGUUGUUUCACUAUCUGCCAGCCUACUUGAUGGACUUGUUUAUGCUAGCGACGGGCAAACGCGCAAAAUGGGUCCGGCUCUACAUGAAAGCAGAUAAAGCUAUUUCUUCUCUUGAGUUUUUUACGACACAUCAGUGGCGAUUUAUUAGUGACAACCCAAUUCAUUUAUUGGAGGAGAUGACCACCAAAGACCGGGAAAUGUUUUACUUCGAUGUCCGAAAUAUAAACUGGCAAAGUUACUUGGAAAAUUACAUCCUAGGUAUUAGGCAAUUUACCCUUAAAGAUGAUCCUACCACUCUUCCCGCUGCCAGAACAAAUCUCAAAAGGCUGUACAUGGCGCAACUCUGUAUACCACUCCUGCUGUCAAUUGUUAUUGUUUUCGUUUUCAAAAGUCUUUUACUUUCAUUUAUUCUUUAUCAUGGAAAAACUAUUUGUUUUGUUACUGAAAUUUUUUCCUUUCAUAUUUGAAAACAACUAACGUAAACAAAGAAAUACGUUAAUGAUUUGGAAAUAUUUUCUAAACAAUCAAACGUAAAGAUUCGCGAUUUGCACCAAUAAACUAGCUGAAAAAUUCUA